CCCAGCCCAGACAGGAUUAAAGAGAAAUACACAAGUAAACAAAUAGCGGCCUCGUAAAACUGGACGUGCAGCGCGGGGACUGGAGCCUCUGGGCCCCGGUCAAACUGCCCCUGUCAGAGGAAAGGAGUUGCUUCCUGUUAUUUCCAUUGAAAUCCUUGUCCCGGGCGUUAGCCGGCAGCCUUCAGCAGGAUGGCACCGCACGCACUAACGGGCUCCGGCUGCUGCUCCUGGGGGCUGCUGCUGCUCUGGGCACUCCUGGGGACUGGGCUCUGCCAUGCGGGCGUCGAGGCAGAGAGCUUUGCCCAGGACACUGGGACCAGCCCACCCAUGGCCACCAUCAACUGGACGGCCCAGCUCGUGGAGGAGAUGUACACCAACAUCACACAGAAGUGCUGGGAGAUCUUUGUUGACCUGAUGAGGAACGUGACUGCGCCAGAGCUGUGCGAGUGGAAAGUCAUCAGCAGACCCUACAGCCUGCUGCAGGAGUGCCUGGAGUACGAGGCCGACCGCCUUCAGUACGGCUACCCCAACGCUCUGGCAGAGCAGUACAUCUUCCAGAGCCACCACCGCUACUUCCAAAACUGCACCUUGGAGCACUACUUUGACCCCCCCGAGGACGUCCUGCUGGCCAUGAUCAUUGCCCCCAUCUGCCUCAUCCCCUUCCUGGUCACACUCGUCAUCUGGCGCAGCAAGGACAGCAAGGCCCACACUUAGUGACCAUGCACCGAGCUUCAGGGAUCCCCCACACCCCACCCCCGGGGCUACCGGCUGCUUGAAGAGCCCUGCAGGACCGUGGGGCUGCUCAAGCAGCCGAUAAUCCCGUAGCCCCAUUGGGUGGGGGGGGGAGGAGGGGGGCGGGCAGGAGUCUGCUCAAAGGGCUUGGAAAAACCCAUCUCAACGUUUGGGGAUUAAACGCUUCCCCCACACA